AUGUCACUGGUGGAGAUCACGCUGCAGGACGUCAACGACAACCCGCCUGUUUUCCCUAAUGAUAUUCUUGAUGUGACCAUUGAGGAGAACGUCGGCGAUGGCUUCAAGAUAAUGCAGCUAACAGCCACGGAUGCAGACGAGGGUCCCAAUGCUCUUGUGACCUACACCAUCAUCAGUGGGGCGGAUGAGAGUUUCCGGAUUGACCCGGAGUCCGGGGAUCUGAUCGCCACCAAGAAACUGGAUCGGGAACGCAGGUCAAAAUAUUCCCUCCUGGUGCGCGCUGACGACGGGAAGCAGUCGUCUGACAUGAGGCUGAACAUAACCGUCAAGGACAUCAACGACCACACGCCCAAGUUCUCCCGCACAACGUACUCGUUUGAUAUUGCCGAAGACAUGGCACCAGGCUCCAUCGUGGCGGCGAUCCUGGCCAGCGACUCUGACUCAGGAGUGAACGGAGAGGUCACCUACUCACUGGAGGAAGACGACGAAGACGAGACGUUCCUCCUGAACCCGGUGACGGGAGUCUUCAACGUGACGCGUUCUCUAGACUACGAGGUGCAGCAGUACUACAUUCUGACAGCGAGGGCUCAAGAUGGCGGCGGGCAGGCCAGCACGGUCAGAGUGUAUUUCAACGUGCUGGACGUGAACGACAACCCACCCAUCUUCAACACCACGGCGUACAGCACGUCUGUAUCUGAGAGUCUGCCGCCUGGAUCCAGUAUCAUCACUGUCGGGGCCACUGAUGCUGAUGAUGGCCCAAACGCCCAGCUCCUCUACAAAAUUGCCUCUGGCGAUUCCCAGAGUCACUUCGUCAUCACCAAGGAAGGAGUCCUCCAAACCAAGAGGGCCCUGGACCGAGAAACACAAUCCUUCUACAACCUGGUGAUCACCGUCAACGACCUGGCUCCACCUCCCAUGGCCCGCUUCACCAGCACGGCUCAGGUGUCCAUCAUCCUGCUGGACGUCAACGACUGCCCGCCGACCUUCACCUCCCAGAAGAUGACCUACAUCCAGGAGAACACGCCUGUGGACACGGUGGUGUUUACUGCCCAGGCGACGGACGCUGACAGCGGGCCCAACAGCUACGUUGAGUACUCCCUCAGGGGACCGUACGGUAACAAGUUCAGCAUCGGUACAGUGGAUGGAGACGUCAGGUUGGUGGGGGAACUCGACCGGGAGGAGCUUUCCAACUACACCCUCACAGUUGUGGCCACAGAUAAAGGAGAACCGUCUCUGUCUUCCACCAUGGAUGUGACCAUGGUGGUUCUGGACGUCAACGACAACACGCCAAGCUUCUCACAGAAUAUCUACGACAUUGAGAUCGAGGAGAACACCCUGACGGGGACCGAUGUCAUCCAGGUGUUCGCUAGCGAUGCUGACGAGGGCACCAACGGCCAGAUUCGAUUUUCAUUCUCGGCAGGCAACGCCAACUCCGAUUUCAGGAUUGAUUCAGUCACCGGGGUGAUUUCAGUGGCCAAGCUGCUGGACCGCGAAGCACGUUCUUCGUAUUCGCUCGUGGUGCAAGCUGCAGACCGCGGCAGCAGCCCCAGGGUGGACCGGGCGACUGUCAACAUAGUGCUGCUGGACGUCAACGACUGCUCACCUGUGUUUGAGCUCUCGCCUUACUCAGUUAAUGUGCAGGAGAACCUGGAGAGCCUGCCGAAAAACAUUCUGCAGGUUGUUGCCAGAGAUGACGACCAAGGUGCCAACAGUCAGCUGAGCUACAUGCUGACCGGUGGAAACGAUGAGGGUGCGUUCAGCCUCUCGUCCAGCGGCCAGCUGAGCCUGAUGCAGACUCUGGACCGCGAGGCUCAGGGGAAAUACGUCCUGCUGAUCACAGCCACCGACUCAGGUUCUCCUCCUCUGAGCGGAACAGGCACGGUGACAGUUCUGGUGGACGAUGUGAACGACAACGUCCCCGUUUUCACCUCCUCCAUGUUUCACACCACCAUCAUGGAGGACGCCCCAACGGGGACGGACGUGCUGCUGGUCAACAGCUCGGACGCAGACGUGGGCGUUAAUGGAGUCAUAAGCUACAGCCUGACCGGAGGACACGGCCAGUUCUCCAUCAACCCCGCCACGGGACAGAUCAUUACCAGCUCGCUGCUGGACCGAGAGGACCGGGCCAAUUACCAGCUGCUGGUUGUGGCGACAGAUGGAGGGCAGCCCGAGGGCUUGUCCAGCUCCGCCACUGUGUCCGUGACGGUGGCGGAUAUCAACGACAACCCUCCACGAUUCCACCACCACCCCUAUGUCACACACAUCCCUGCCUCUACUGCAGCAGGGUCUUUGGUCUUUGCUGUUACCGUCACUGAUGAGGACUCGGGAUCCAAUGCCCAGCUGCACUACUCCCUGAUGGGCCGCAACUCUGAAAAGUUCAAGAUCGACCCUGUCAGAGGUGCCAUUACUGCCAUUGAGAAGCUGAUGGGAAGCUCAGAAGUCACCCUCACGGUUCGAGUAAAAGAUGGCGGCACUAAUCCCAAAACAGACAUGACAACUGUGACCGUCCGCUUUGUGACUGGAGGAAACUUCCCUGUCAUCAAGGUGAAGGAGCACAUGUUCACGUUCCCCGAGAGCCAGUCGACGAACCACGUUGUCACGACGGUGACUGGGUCGUCUAUGAGGGGUGGACCACUGUCAUAUUACAUCGCCAGCGGCAACCUGGAUAAUGCUUUUCAUAUCGACCAGCUCUCAGGCGAACUGUCAAUCAGACACUCACUGGAUUAUGAGCACAUUCAGAAGUAUGUUCUUUGGAUCGAGGCCAGAGAUCAGGGCUUCCCGCCUUAUUCCUCCUAUGAAAAAGUGGAAAUAACUGUGCUGGACGUGAAUGAUAAUCACCCAAAGUUUGACAAGGAUCCGUUCCACGCUGAAAUACUGGAGAGCCUUUCACCUCAGCGGGUGCUGAUGGUGUCUGCUGUUGAUCUGGACAGCGGACCGAACGGACAGCUGGAAUACGCCAUCAUUGACGGCAACAAGGAGAAUAGUUUCAACAUUAAUCGAGCGACUGGUGAAAUACGAAGCACCAGGCCGCUGGAUCGAGAGAAAGUGGCUCAGUACACUUUGAAAGUCAAAGCCACCGAUCGCGGGUUGCCGCCGAAAAACACGGCAGUCAAAGUGAUAAUCAGUGUUCUGGACGUUAACGACAACGCCCCGAGGUUUUCUAAAAUCUUUAGUGCGACAGUGGCUGAAAAUGCCCCGGUGGGUUACACUGUCACCAGAGUCACCACCACAGAUGAAGACGCUGGUUCAAACGCCAUCAGCCGAUAUUCUAUCACAGACACGAGCCUUCCAUUCAACAUUAAUCCGAGCACAGGUGACAUAACCAUAAGCAGACCGCUCAACAGAGAAGACACCGAUCAUUACAUCGUCAAAGUGUCGGCCCAUGACUCUGGUUGGACAGUCAGCACAGACGUCACCAUAUUCAUCACAGACAUUAAUGAUAACGGCCCCAGGUUUAGUCGUCCUUCGUACUAUCUGGACUACCCUGAGCUCACAGAAGUGGGCGCCCUGGUGACACGGGUGUCGGCCACAGAUCCCGAUGAGGGUUUCAACGGCAGAAUUUUCUAUUUCAUCCGGUCUCAGUCAGAGUAUUUUAGAAUCAACGCCAGCUCUGGAGAGAUAUUUGUGAAGCAGCAGUUAAGAUAUCAAAACUCGACAGGUGCCAGUAGCAUAAAUAUUAAUCGCCACAGCUUCAUUGUCACCGCAUCCGACCGGGCAGUGAAGCCUCUGCUGAGCGAGACAACAGUAAUUGUAAAUAUUGUAGACAGUAAUGAUAAUCCGCCUGAGUUCGAUUCGCUUAGCUACUUUACUCCCGUCACAAAAAGUGUGAAGGUCGGCACCAGACUGAUUAGAGUCGUAGCGGAAGACAAAAAAGACUUUGGCCUUAAUUCUGAGGUGGAAUAUUUGAUAACAGGUGGAAACAGCUCGAGUAAAUUCAAACUGGAUAAAACGAGCGGAUGGAUUACUGUCGCCUCCUCUCUGACAUCUGAUAUGAAGAAGAUUUUCCUCAUUGACAUCACAGCGAGUGACCGAGGAAACCCUCCUCUGUCGGCGCAGACGUCAGUGCGGAUCGUGGUCACAGAGGAAAACCACCACACACCUGAGUUCUCGCAAAGCCAAAUCUCAGCUACUGUACCAGAAAGCCUUGCUGUGGGAACAGCAAUAAGGACCCUUACUGCGAGAGACAAAGAUAAAGAAAUGAACGGCCUUAUCACCUACAAUAUUACUUCAGGCAACGACAAGGGUCUGUUUUCACUUAAUAGUAAAACCGGGGUGUUAUCACUCGCUCACCCUCUGGACUUUGAAGAGAAGCAGCAACACAUGCUCAGAGUUUCAGCCACUGACGGCGGCUGGAUCACAAAAAUGAGUUAUGUCUCCGUCACCGUGCACGUAACUGACGUGAAUGACAAUCCUCCUGUGUUUGAUCCUGACGAGUACUUCCCCACUGUGCAGGAGAAUGUCCCCAGUGGCACCACUGUGGUCAAAAUGAACGCCACAGACCGCGAUUCAGGAGCAAAUGCUGUCAUGGCUUACGUGAUACAGUCAUCAGACAGCGACCUCUUUGUUAUUGACCCAAACUCUGGCACCAUCACCACCCAGGGCUUCUUGGAUUACGAGGCUAAGCAGGUUUACCAUUUAACAGUGAAGGCCUUCAAUGUCCCAGACGAGGAGCGCUGCAGCUUCGCCAACGUCAACAUUCAGCUAAAGGGAGCCAAUGAAUACGUACCCCGCUUUGUCUCCAAACAGUACUACUUUGAAAUCUCUGAAUCCGCUCCAAAAGGCACAGUGGUCGGGGAAGUGUUCGCCAGUGAUCGGGACCAAGGAGAUGAUGGAGUGGUUUACUACCUAAUAUUUGGAAAGAGCAGAAGGAAAGGCUUUGGUAUCAACAAGAAAACAGGUCAGAUCUACGUCACAGGUACUCUAGACCGUGAGAAAGAGGAAAAGAUUUCACUGAAGGUGUUGGCCAAGAACGCGGGGAGCAUCCGCGGAGCAGAUAUCGAUGAAGUGUUUGUGAACAUCACAAUUCUUGAUGCCAAUGAUCCUCCUGUUUUCACCCAAGAGCUGUAUGACGUGCAGGUCAGUGAAGGUCUCUCACCAGGUGGUCUGGUUACCUUUGUGAGUGCUGAGGACUCAGACUCUGUCCCGAGCUGGAGCAGGUUUUCUUACUCCAUCUCUCCCGAGUUUGAUAAAAGUGUUUUUACUAUCAAUCCGAAAACCGGCCAAGUGUCUGUGGCUGCAGAGCUGGACAGAGAAACAACUCCUGUGUAUAAUCUGACCAUUCUAGCUGUGGAUACUGGCACUCCUCCUGCAACAGGCAGCACCACAGUUAUUGUGAAUCUGGAAGACAUCAAUGAUAACGGCCCAACUUUGACAACCGCUUACGCUGAAGUCAUGGAGAACCAGAGAGCUGGAACUGCAGUUACAACACUAACAGCCUCUGACACAGAUCUACCGCCCAACCAAGGCCCAUUCUUAUACAGCCUCCUCAGUUCUGGCUCUGCAAACAGCUACUUCCGCCUGAGUCAAGCUGGAGUGUUAACCACCAGUCGAGAGAUCGACAGAGAACAGAUCAGCGACUUCUACCUCUCUGUUGUGAUCAAGGAUUCUGGCGUGCCUCAGAUGUCCUCCACAGGAACCGUCCACGUCAAAAUAAAUGAUCAGAACGACAACCCGUCAGAGCCGAGGUCCAUGGAGAUCUUUGUCCACUACUUUGGAAACAUGUUUCCUGGAGGUUCCUUGGGAGACGUCAAACCUCAGGACCCUGACAUUCAGGAUAGGUUCCACUGCUCCCUUAUUCCUCCGUCCUCUGGUCUGUUCAACGUCCCAACUGGAACGUGCAACCUCAACUCUAAAGCCCGCUCAACAGACGGAACUUUUGAAUUAACCGUUCGAAGCAGCGACGGUGUCCACGGUUCAGUCAGUAAUACGGCCAGAGUCCUCUUCAUGGGCUUCACUAAUGCAACAGUGGACAACAGCAUUCUCAUUCGACUCAACUCGCAAGGAGUCAAAAACUUCCUCACCAACCACUACCUCAGCUUUGUACGCAUUGCCAACUCUCAGCUAGCAGGACUAGGCACUGGGGUGCUUCUGUAUGGAGCGUUUGAGCUCAACAAUCAGACUUUCCUGAUGGCAGCUGUUAAACGUGGCCAUGGACAAUAUGUCAACCCCAGCGGCGUGGCCACAUUCUUCCAGAGUAUCAAAGACAUUUUAUAUAGACAGAGCGGGGUGCAAAUAGAUGCGGUGGACCAUGAUCCUUGCACUCAUAACCCAUGCCAGAAUGGAGGCAGCUGCAAGCGGCGUCUCAGUGUCGGGCCUGAUAUGAAGACAGAAGAAAGUGUCCCAGUGAUCCUUGUCUCCAACCACCCCCUGCAGCCGUACGCCUGCAGCUGCAGGCCAGGAUACACAGGCGCUCUGUGUGAGACAGACAUUGACGAGUGCCAGCCAUCGCCCUGCCACAAUGGCGGCACCUGCCACAAUUUGGUGGGAGGUUUCUCCUGCACCUGUCCUGAAGGUUUCACCGGGAUGGCCUGUGAGAGGGAUAUCAACGAAUGCCUUUCCAAUCCCUGCAAGAACGGGGCGCUGUGCCAGAACUUCCCAGGCGGAUUCAACUGUCUCUGCAAAUCUGGCUUUGCAGGCAAAACGUGUGACUCCAUCAUCAAUCACUGUGAGUGUAACCCAUGUUUUAAUGGUGGGUCCUGUCAGAAUCGGGUGGAUGGAUAUUACUGUCAUUGUCCGUUUGGGGUUUUCGGCAAGCACUGUGAAUUGAACAGCUACGGCUUCGAGGAGCUCUCCUACAUGGAGUUUCCAUCCCUGGAUCCCAACAAUAACUACAUAUAUAUUAAGUUUGCUACCCUGCAGAGCAACGCGCUGCUCAUGUACAACCACGACAACCAGACCGGAGACAAGGCAGAGUUCCUGGCGCUGGAGAUCUUCGAGGGACGGAUGCGCUUCUCUUUCAACCUCGGUAGCGGAACUUAUAAACUCAUGACCAUGAUAAAAGUCGCAGAUGGGCAGUUCCACACAGUCAUCGCCAGGAGAGCCGGGAUGGCUGCAUCUCUGACUGUGGAUCUGUGUGGUGAAGACCAGGAACCAGGCUACUGUGCUGUGAGCAACGUGGCAGUGCACACUGACUGGUAA